AUGGAAAAUCGGGAGCCAAUUCCAGUCGAGCCUAUCAAGGUAGAUAAGCCUAAACAAGCUGGUAAGGAGCCAGAUGACUUUGCUUUAUCGCAAUUUGCUUCCGCCAACUUUGGGGAUGGGCGUUUGGUCAAGAUGGAUGUGGAUUAUGCUCCACAAGUCGAGGAAGCGCUGCCAAAGGCUACGAACAUGGCCAAAGUAAGUUUUUGUAAAUCUGGUUUAUUGGAUUUUUAGGUAUCUUUGUUUCUUUGAUGUAGAAUUGAGGAAACGACUUUAAGAAGUUAGUACUUAUUUUUUUUAUCAAAAAUACUUCAACUUAAACCGAACGUUUUCUUUAUACGUUACCUAUCUUUUGUGUUUUAGACCAAUCCAUCAGCAGCCAUUGAUUCCCUAUCACAACUUGAAAAGCAAACUCGUCUUGGCUGUGACAUGAGAUCCAACUCCAAAAUCCUCAAACACAUGGUAAAGAUUGCUUUCGAAUCUAAGGACUGGAAGCUUCUGAACGACACAAUUGUUAAUCUCUCUAAAAAGAGGUCGUUGAUCAAGUUUGCCAUCAAAAACAUGAUCCAAGACUGUUGUGAAUUCGUUGAUCAAGUACCAAAUGAAGAAGAUCGCAACAAACUGAUCGAUGUCCUCAGAACAGUAACGGCUGGUAAAAUCUAUGUUGAAGUAGAGCGAGCUCGAUUGACUAAGAGAGUGGUCAAGAAGCUGGAAGCCGAGGGAAAAGUGGAAGAAGCUUGGACUAACAUGAUCGAACUUCAAGUAGAGACGUUUGGAUCCAUGGAGAUGCCAGAGAAGGUUAGGUUCUUGUUGGAUCAGGUCAGAUUGUCGAUUCAAAGAAAGGAUUACGUCAGAGCGAACAUCAUUUCCAACAAGAUCAGCAUAAGAUUCUUUGACAACAAGGCCGAUGAGGUUAGUGUUUUAUUUUUAGGUAACAAUUAGAUUCUAAGCUUAUUUUUUAAUGGAGGGACAUUGAAAUAGGUGUAAAAAUUAUGAUUCUGUUUUUACUUUUAAAGAAAUUUAUUUCAGGUAACAAUGUAUUAUUAUUUUAACAUUUAAUUACAUGAUUGCAGAUUCAAGACCUUAAACUUGAGUUCUAUACUUACAAGAUUGCUAUUGGAUUGAAUGAAAACAACUACUUAGAUGUUUGCAAACAUUACAGAUCUGUUUUUGAUACACCAAAGGUUCAAAAAGACGAUGACAAAGUUAAAGAAGUAAGUGUAAUAUUAUUUUUGUUGCUUUUUAGAAAUAAGGAUGUAGAAAAAGGUUUCUAAAAUCUUAAACUUUUAUUAUUUUGUAGAUUCUGAAGAAUGUCGUUCUCUACGUUCUCCUUUCCCCACACGGUAACGAACAAUGGGACCAAGUACAUCGCAUUCAUGCCAUAAGACAGCUCGAACUCGUCCCAGAGUACAACAAUCUGUUGGAGUUGUUCAUCAACGAAGAGAUAAUUGCAUGGAAGGACUCGAUUGUAAAACAAUAUGAACAGUUGUUGAGAAAAGGAACUUCCACAUCUCCACCACCACAAGUGUUCUCCUUUGGAGAGGAAGGCGAGAAGAGAUGGAAGACCUUCAAGGAGAGAGUUGGAGAACAUAACAUGAGGAUGAUUGCCAAAUACUACACUCAGAUCACUUUUGACAGAAUGGCCGAGAUUCUCGAGUUUCCUGUUGAUGUAAGUUUGAUUUUUAGGUACUAUUGAUGUAUUUUUUUAAAAUUAUUUUUGAUUUUUUUAUUUAUGGAAUUUUAGGAAAUGGAGGCCUUUUUGUGUAACCUGAUCGUAACUGGUGUUAUUCCUGAUGCCAAAAUUCACCGUCCAUCCAGAAUUGUCAAUCUUCGCGCAAGAAAGGCCAAUGUUGAGACCCUUGACCAAUGGGGAUCGAACGUGCGAAAGCUGACCGAUAUCCUAAACAAGGUCUCGCAUCUGAUACUCAAGGAAGAAAUGGUACACAAACAUUUGGAAGCCGGGAAGUAA